AACCAUUACAACCCACUUCUCACCCAUUAACAACCACUCUAACCUUUAUCUCCAUCACAACUCACUCUUUCUCUUCCCUCCAGAUUUAACAACAAUGGACACAUCUGUGGCAGCAUAUGAUCAAAGAGAUCUCAAUCUCAGAGAAACAGAGCUUAGGUUGGGUUUGCCAGGAAUGGAACAAGAAUCUAACAAGGAACUUACGUUGUCUAGCCUGAAGAACAACAAGAGAUCAUUACCUGAUAUUGAGGUUGAUGACGUGUCAAAGGAUGAUGAAGACGAUGACUCCUCUCUUGCUGCUGCACCACCUCCUGCCAAAGCACCAGUUGUGGGGUGGCCGCCAGUUCGAUCCUACAGGAAGAACAGCUUACUCCAGAAGAAAACAACUGCAGAAGGAUCAGAAAGUGGGAUCUAUGUGAAAGUAAGCAUGGAUGGAGCUCCUUACUUGAGAAAGAUUGAUCUAAAGGUCUAUAAUGGAUAUCCAAGUCUCUUGAAGGCAUUAGAAAACAUGUUCAAACUCACCAUAGGAGAAUACUCUGAGAGAGAAGGAUAUAAGGGAUCAGAAUACGCUCCUACCUAUGAAGACAAAGAUGGUGAUUGGAUGCUUCUUGGAGAUGUCCCAUGGGAAAUGUUCAUAUUAUCCUGCAAAAGACUCAGAAUCAUGAAAGGAUCAGAAGCUAAAGGAUUGGGUUGUGGGGUUUGAGUUAAUUGUUGUAGAACAAAGAAAGAGAUGAUCAUCAUCAGCUGGGGUUCUUGAAGAUAGGGUCAAUUUUGGAAAAAAAGACUUUUAUCUGUCUCAAAAAGUGUUCUCUUUGCAAUAUGAACUGGGGGAAGAACUUGAACAGUAGACAGAAGGAACAAGACAAAAAGUAGGAUUUUUGACGUUUUUGUCAUGUUUGUUGUUGUACUUACUACACAAGGAAAUAGUGAAAAAGAUAUACACAUGUGGAUAGGUUUUCCAUGUCUUCCCUAUGUUGUAUUCAUAGUACAGGAUUGUAUAUCUUUAUAUGAAAUUAUGAAUUGAAUGGUGUGA